UAGCAGCAGAUCAGUAAUCCAUUAAUUUUUUUCUUUUUCAUUUAAAAAAUAUUAAAAAUGUGUCUGAAAAAUUUAUUGAUUUUCAUUUUCUUAAUAUCGUUCGCCGAAAUAAAGGGGCGAACAAUUAAAAACAAUAAUUCAGUGGGAAAAAAUGUUAAUUUCAAUGAGCCCGGAAGUACAUCGGAAUUUUUUUCUGCAAAUUUAAAAAAUUACAUUGACAAGAACUUUUAUAAUCUCGGCUUAUUAAAUGUCACAACUAAUAAUAAUAACAACAGUAGAAGCAUAAGUAUUUAUAAUGAUGACCAUAAUGUUAAAACAUGGAAUAUGUAUAAUAAUAAUGAAUUAAUUGCUAUCUAUGAUAGAGAUCAUAAUAAAAACACCAUUAAUAUCAAUAAUGAUAAUAAUAUUAUCACUGUUGAUACUCAUAGUGAUAAUUCGAACGAAAUAUUAGUAAAACAUAAUAGUAAUAGAAUUACUAUUUAUGCUGAUAAUAAGAAUGUUCAUACAAUAAAUAUUGAUAAUGAUAGUAAAGAACUCACUAUUAGCGAUAGAGAACAUAAUAAAAAUAAAAUUACUAUUAAUAACAAUAAUCAUGUUCUUUCUAUUGAUACUAAUAGUAAUAAUAUGAAUACAAUAUCCAUUAAUGGAAAUAGUGAUAGAAUAUCUAUUCAUGGUGACGAUAAUAAUAUUAAUACAUGUAGUAUUGAAGAUGAUAGUAAAAUACUUGUUAUUAAUGCUAGAACUAAUAAUAAAAAUACAAUUUUUAUGAAUAAUAAUAAAUAUAUGAUUACUAUUGAUAAUCUUGAUAGAAAUGAAAAUACUAUUUACAUUAAAAAUAAUAGUGAAAGUAUAACUAUUAAUAACAAUAAUGAUAAUGUUAAUAAAAUUAUUAUUGAUGGUAAUAGUGAACUUAUAACUAUUAAUAACAACGAAAAUAAUGUUAAUAUAAUUACUGUUAAACAUAGAAGGGGAAAGAUUGUUAUAAAUAAUAAUCAUGAUAAUAAUAAGAAUGUAAUUACUAAUGACAAAUAAUAAUUAUUAUUUACAUACAUUGAAUAUAAUUAAUAAUAAUCUUAUUUGUCAAUGAAUUUUUAAAAUAAAUUAAUCGGCUCUACUCCGAACAGUCAAGAGUAAAGCAACUGAAAAACGCCAUUGGUUAAAAGGUUUUAAUUGUAAUUUGAAAUUAAAAGUUUUUCUAUAA